AUGGCCGCCAACUUCUGGGACUCGACCCAGCGGCGAUACUGGCAGUUCACCAAGGAUGGCCUGGCUACCAUGCGCCAGAAGCUCGAGGACGAGAACACCGAGCUCGUCCAGCUGUUCCCUCUGCCUCAGGUGCGCCAUCUGAACAUUUACUUCAACCAACAAAUCAACCGGCUCGGCAAGCGCCUAGGUGUCCGCCAGCAGGCCAUGGCCACGGCCCAGGUCUACAUCAAGCGCUUCUACACCAAGAUCGAGAUUCGACGCACCAACGUCUAUCUCGUCAUCGCGACGGCCGUCUACCUCUCCUGUAAAAUGGAGGAGUGCCCGCAGCACAUCCGCCUCAUUGUCAGCGAGGCCCGCUCGCUGUGGCCCGACUUUGUCUCCCUCGACACGUCCAAGCUCGGCGAGUGCGAGUUCUUCCUCAUCAGCGAGAUGAGCUCGCAGCUCAUCGUCCACCAGCCCUACCGCACGCUGACCGCCUUUCAGGGCGACCUGGCCCUGACGCAGGAGGACACGGCCCUCGCCUGGUCCAUCAUCAACGACCACUACAUGACCGACCUGCCGCUGCUGUUUCCGCCGCACACCGUUGCGCUGACGGCCAUCCUGCUGGCCCUCGUGCUGCGCCCGUCCUCGGGCAUGGCCCAGCCGACGACGACGUCAGGCAUCGCCGCCGCGACGGCCGCGCUUACGCAGUCGCAGGGCGGCCGCGGGCCCGCCGGCUUCUCGAUGCCCGGCGGUGCGCCGACGACGCCGAACCCCGCCGACAAGGAGAAGCAGCCCGAGGCGCGCAUCGGCAGGGUGCAGCGCUUCGGCGCGUGGCUCGCCGAGAGCAACGUCGACAUUACGGCCAUGGUCGACUGCACGCAGGAGCUCAUUUCCUUCUACGAGUGCCACGAGCAGUACCAGGACAAGCUCACGAGGGAGCAGCUCAACAGGUUCAUCAAGGCGCGCGGCCUGGACAAAUAG